AUACUCUAUGCCCUAUAUUUUUUUAGUACGUAGAUAUGUACAAGGGAUACAAAAGUCAUCAAAGGCGACUCAUAAUUUCACAUAUAUUCUCUUAUACACCACCAAAUCUCCACUUUCCUUUUUUAUUUCCCGCCCUUUAAACUCAACUUUUUUUGCACCUCCAUCUCCGGCGACAAUCCACAAAGAAAAUUAAAGUCUCAGAACAUCUUUGAUUGCUUCUUUUUCCCAUCCAACAUUCUUGGCCAUUUUAACACUCAAAUUGUUUUAAUUUUUUUAAUUAUGAUUUACACCUAAAAAGCAGUCCAAAAUACUGGCCCCCUUGUAAUUUAUUUUCAUAUAUGGAUUGCAUCAAACCCCCUUCGUCUGAAUCAACAAGAACCAAAAUUUCCAAAACAUUUUCCAAAUGUAUUCACCCUCAAACUCCUUCAAGAUUUUCUCCAAACCCAAAACUCAAAACCCUCUCUGAAGAACUUAACAUUAGUCUAAAAGACAUUAAAUCUGAACCAAAAUUGACCCGAAUAAAAUCCCAGAAAUUCAAUUCUGGUGAUCUUAUUCAACAAGAACAAGCUACUAAAAACAGGGCAGCAAAAGAAGCACUUAUUGCUAAACUAUUUGCUAGUCUUUCCUCAAUCAAAGCUGCUUAUGCUGAGCUACAAAAUGCACAAUUCCCUUACAAUAAUGAUGCAAUACAAUCUGCUGAUGAGUCUUUGGUUAGUGAAUUGAGUGUAUUAUCAGAAUUAAAGCAUAAGUAUUUGAACAAAUGUUUAGAUCUUCCACCACCUCAUGUUACUCAAUUAUUAGCAGAGAUUCAAGAACAGCAGAGUAAUAUAAAAACUUAUGAGAUUACUAUGAAGCAAAUGGAGUUGAAAAUGGAUCAGAAAGAUUCAGAAAUUUCUGAGUUGCAGAAAAAUCUUGAAGAAAUUACAAGAACAAAUAAAUCACUUGAAAGAAGGUUAAAUGCAAGUGGGGUUUUAAACCCACUUGCAAAUAAUCUUUCUCUUAAGGAUUCAAAUCAAUGUCAUUUCAUUAGGGUUCUUCAUUAUGCUUUGCGUUCAUUGAGGCAUUUCGUCAAACAGUUGGUGCGUGAAAUGGAAGCUAAAAAUUGGGAUAUAAAUUUAGCAGCAAAAGCAAUAGAACCUAACACCGUUUUUGUCAAACCAAAGCAUAAGAUUUUUGCCUUGGAAUCAUACGUUUCUCAGGUAAUGUUUGAUGGGUUUAAUCAUCAUAACUUUUCCCUUCCAGAUGAGGGGACCAAACAGCCAACAAAACAAUUUUUGUUCGAUUUAUUCAAAAAACUUCAAUCUGUAACAGCUUCCCAGAUUUUUACCCAGAAUCCAAGAUACCCAUUUGGGAAAUUUUUAAGAUUGAAAUACUUAAAAGCAAUACACCCAAAAAUGGAGUGUUCUUUUUUUGGGAAUUUGGAUCAAAGAAAAGUGGUAAGUUCAGGGGCAUUUCCGGCAACAGAAUUCUUCUCUCUCUUCGCAGAAAUGUGUAGAAGAAUAUGGUUACUUCAUUGUUUAGCUUUCAGUUUCGAUCCACCGGCGGUUGCUUUUCAGGUUAAAAAACGGUGUCGUUUUUCUGAAGUUUAUAUGGAAAGUGUUGCCGGAGAAGAUGAAAUCAUUUCUGGUGAAGUAACGGCAUCAUUUACAGUGGUUCCUGGGUUUAAAAUCGGUAAGACGGUGGUUCAAAGUCAAGUUUAUCUUUCUCCGGUGAGACGAUGAAUCACGUGAGAUGCACGCGCCGACUGAAUUUCUUCAGGAAUCUUUUUUGGAUAGGUAAAUCAUAAAUGAAUAAAGAAAGAAAAGAAGAGGGGAAAUGGACUAACUUUGAUAAAUUUGUUGUCUCCCAAAUUUGAAAAUAUAAAAUUGAUUAAAAUGUGGUGUAACGGUCGAACAUAAAAUUAGUUUGAAUUUGUUGGCAUAGUAGUAAUAUGAGUAGUUUUCAAAAUGUAUAGUAUUUUCUUCAAUACUAGGAGUAUUACAAAUUUACAAUUUGUACUUGCAUCUUUGUAGAGUAUAUACAUUAAUAAUAAAUUUUAGUUGAAUUUAAAA